UGUCGCUGGUCGCGUCGCGACUCUGCGCUGAAAGAUGGCCGCGGUGGAGCAGCGUCCGCCGGCGCGGGAGGGAGUCCGGAUCGCGGUGCUGUGUCUGUUCUGGUACACCGUCAGCUCUGGCGGCAACGUGAUAAAUAAAAUCAUCCUCAACGGCUUCCCCUAUCCGGUCACGGUGUCUCUCUUUCAUAUAGUCUCCAUCAUCGUGUUUCUCCCGCCGCUGCUGCGAGCCUGGGGCGUCCCGCAGACGGAGUUACCGGCCCGCUACUACCGCUGGUUCAUUCUGCCGCUCGCCUUCGGGAAGUACUUCGCCUCGGUCUCGGCCCAUUUCAGCAUAUGGAAGGUCCCGGUGUCGUACGCGCACACGGUGAAGGCCACCAUGCCCAUCUGGGUGGUUCUGCUGUCACGGAUUAUCAUGAAAGAGAAGCAAACCACAAAGGUGUAUGUGUCUCUUAUUCCCAUCAUUGGAGGUGUCCUGUUGGCCACGGUCACUGAACUGUCCUUUGACGCCUCUGGAUUGAUCAGCGCUCUGGCAGCUACGCUCUGCUUCUCUUUACAGAACAUAUUCUCCAAAAAGGUCUUGCGGGACACAAGGAUUCACCACCUCCAGUUACUGAAAAUCCUGGGCUUCAAUGCACUUAUGUUUAUGCUGCCCACAUGGAUUUUAGUGGACCUCUCUUCUUUUUUGAUGGAGGGAGACCUGUCCGAGGUUUCCAACUGGACAGGAACGAUCGUGCUGCUCCUCAUUAGUGGUCUCUGCAACUUUGCACAGAACAUGAUCGCUUUCAGUGUGCUGAACCUAGUCAGCCCACUCAGUUACGCCGUGGCCAAUGCAACAAAGAGGAUCAUGGUCAUCAGUAUAUCCCUACUGAUGCUCAGGAACCCAGUCAACACCGCCAACAUAAUCGGCAUGAUGACGGCAAUACUAGGCGUCUUCCUCUAUAAUAAGGCAAAAUACGAUUCCAACCAGGAGGCCAAGAAGAAACUGCUGCCAGUUUUAGCCCAGGAUAUGGUUUCAUUCGACAAGCCCCAGUCCAACGGCUCCGGGCCCUUCGCUCACAGCUCAGACUUUCAGCACGGUCGGAGCACAGUGCUCACUGAUCACUUUCAGUACAGCCGGCAGGCCUACACAACCAAUUACAGCUCCAAGCAGUAUGUUGUGUGAGUCGAACACUUUGGAGCACUGAAGAGACUUUGUAGUUUCAGAGGAGACGGGUGAAUCUUUCAUACGGACGAGGAAGUGUCGGAAUGACUGGAAAAGGAAUGUUUACUCACAAAAUCCUACUGCUUUUUUUUUCUUUACAGGCUUAUUUAUUUCAUUACAAACCCUGUUUUGGUUGUUUUUCUAUUUAGUUCAUGAGGAAAUUCUCAGUGGUAUGAGCAGAUUAUUAUAGGAAGGUGCUGGGAUUUUUUUGGAUCAAGGUUUAAGUCUUUCUUUUUUUUUUUGCACAGGGUGCAUUUCAAUGCAGAUUAGAAUGUAAUAUGUCUGUCGUCGUCGUGCUACUGCGAGUGAGAGACAAAAAGCGAGACCUCUGUCAUAUAACAUACACUGGGUCACUGCAAAUACAAAUGCAUCAGGGUAUUAGUCAAUGUUCUGGGUUUGCCUUUUAUUUGUAAAUAUUUUAUUUAUUUUUAUAGAGAACGGUGUAUUGGUUGACCAUAUCAUGAACUGAAAACACCCUUUUUUUUUCUUUUCUUUUUUUUAAAUGUCUAAUAUCUGUGAAGGAAUCACUUUUUUCAUUGUGAGGGUGUUAAAUCGGACGGGUCACUGUUCAAGAUCACUUGAAUCGUGGUUCAUGCAUUCAUAUGUAUGAUUAUCAUAUUUUUUGUAUUUUUAUUUUCUUUUUACUGACAUGCAGAUGGGAAUUACCAAACAAUGGCCAUAACUUAUGGGUCAGUUUAAUAUGAAAUGUCUGGGAAGGGAAGAUGGAGGUUUCAUAAAGCAGUUUAAUUUUUGUUUUGUUUUCUGGAAAUUGACAUUCUGUAAGUUUAAAUUUGCCUUGGUCCCUCAAAAUAAAAAGUUUGAGGACAUUGUUUCAGAA